AAGUUACAGGAUGAAUAACACAGACAAUUUGUUGAGCACAUAAACGAAAUUGACAGUGUCAUUAUUUGUCCUUGUGGAUAUAUAUACAUACAAAAUAGUGUAUGUAUAUUCCUCAAGACCAGAGUGGGGAAGAGAAGCAACAACACUAACCUUCAUCUCUCUCAUUGACUUGUUCCCGCGAAACAUGGGCCCCACGCUUUUUUCGGGGAGGAGAAAGAGAAGAAUGUGGAGGGACUCUGGUGUCUCUACUGAAUCUUUCUAUCAAGUUCGGCCGGAAUGUACAGAUGUUCCCAAGACCAAGUUUAAGAUUCGGGCUGGAAAGACCCUCAGUGUGCGGAAGUGGCAUGCUGCCUUUAGUCCGGAAGGCUAUCUUGAUAUAGGCAAGACACUUAGUCGUAUACAUCAUGGGGGAGUCCAUCCAACAAUAAGAGGAGAAGUCUGGGAAUUUUUACUGGGUUGUUAUGAUACUACGAGCACAUUUGACGAAAGACAGCAGAUACGGCAACGCCGGAGGGUGAGAUAUGCACAGCUAAAAGAUGAGUGCCGUCAAUUGUUUCCCAUCGUUGGAAGUGGUAGAUAUAUUACUGCACCUGUAAUUACUGAGGAUGGGAAACCUAUUAAAGAUCCUAUUGUGCUUCAACAAACUUAUGACCGAGUGCAAGAAAAUGAUGCUUCCAACAGCCAUGAACACUUACUAGAGGCAGUCCCUGAUGGACCUCAAGAUGAGAAAGUAAUCCAAUGGAAGCUGACACUACACCAGAUAGGUCUCGAUGUGAACCGCACUGACAGGACAUUAGUGUUUUAUGAGAAGCAAGAAAAUUUAUCGAAACUUUGGGAUAUCCUAGCAGUUUAUUCAUGGUUUGAUAAAGAUGUGGGCUAUGCUCAAGGUAUGAGUGAUCUCUGCUCUCCCAUGAUAAUUCUUCUUGAAGAUGAAGCAGACGCCUUUUGGUGUUUCGAACACUUGAUGCGUCGAUUGCGGGGAAAUUUCACAUGUACUGCGAACUCGGUUGGCGUCGAGACACAACUUAGUCAUUUAGCUGCAGUUACUCAAGUUAUCGAUCCAAAACUUCAUCAGCACUUAGAGAACCUAGGUGGUGGUGAUUAUCUAUUUGCUUUCCGAAUGCUAAUGGUUUUGUUCCGUCGCGAAUUCUCUUUUGGUGAUUCUUUGUACCUCUGGGAGAUGAUGUGGGCUCUGGAAUACGACCCAGAUUUGUGCUCUUUGUAUGCGGCUGACCCUGAAGCACCUACUGAGAAGUUAGAGGAUGCAAAAGGAAAGUCUAAAUCAAAAAAGCAAUUUGGAAAGUACGAAAGGGAGAACAUGAAAAGUGGAGGUAAAGGUGCUGAAACCCCCCUCCCCAUUUCUGUUUUCUUAGUAGCUAGUGUCCUGAAGGAUAAGAGCUCAACAUUACUAACAGAGGCUCGUGGAUUAGAUGAUGUUGUUAAGAUAUUGAACGACUUGAAUGGAAAUAUCGAUGCCAAAAAAGCUUGCAUUGGAGCAUUGAAGUUGCACAAGAAGUAUUUAAAAAAGGUUAAGAAACCAUGAUAUGAUAUGAUGACACGUAAGUAACCUAUUUGUUUAGAUGCCAUUUCAGCACAGCCAAUUUACACGCUUUUUACCAGAGUGCAACCUUUCCGAGAGAGUUGCAGAUUACCACAGAGCUCCUGCCUCGAAAUUUUACUUAUAUAUAUUUACCAACAGAUAAACAUAGGGGUGGAAAUAAUGUUUUAUUUGUUUUAAUCUCCACCUGUACACAACAAUUCUUUCAAUGCUGUCAGAUGUAACAUAUUGAUGGUAACAGAUGUAACAUAUUGAUGGUAACAUAUCAAAAGAUGUUCAUUUGUUCUUA